CUACGUUAAUGCUUUAACAGAGCGGGUGAGCCCGGUACGAGAUGAAGCAUGAGCACGGCAACUGGCCGGGUAUAAGUUGGGGCUUCGCGGCGUUCAAUUGACCUGACAGAAGUCUGAUGAUGGCUGAUAAGGCUCUUGGGAUUGGAGGAUCUGUAGAGCUGUAGAGAAUGCGAGUGGAUUCAAUGAUACAGAGUAGGGAUGGCGGGUUGAUUCACACCUCCCGCCACUCGAGCUGGGACUGAGCGGGGAGACCAGGGGGACAGGCUGAGGUCCGCUCCGAUGGCCUUGUUUGCUAGUUCGUGUGCAAUUGAGAUGGAGAACUGGUCGGCAAGCUCCCCUCUCGCCAGCGGAUAUUGAUUGGGGAGCCGAGGACCCUCACCCCCAACUCAGCGGAGAGAAGAUGACGACGGGGGUGAAUCAAAUGGCACAGUGGCUCUUGGAGCAAGACGCAAUGGCCGUAAAAACACCGCGCCUGGUAUCCUCUCUCUGUCCUCUGCCAUCAGCAGCAUCACGUUUCGUUAUCAUCCCGGGUGAAGCCCACUUGAAAGAGGGGGUGAGGCGGCGGGGCAGAGGGGCAGAGGAGACGGGCUGCGGCGGACCGUGGUCAAUUAGAAGUCCCGGCGGCACCGAGGACGCGGUGGCGCUGGGCGGAGGAAAGCCCGGCAUGUACAACAGCACACAGGAUCUCCUUGCGGGAUAUGGGAGCGAUCUAGUUGGGAUUGAGGGAUUGUGCCGAUGCGCGAGGGAAUCGGUACCGGGAAUGCCAGCCGCGAAUUUGGAGCCAGUCAUGGCUGCAGCGGGUGUAGCGCAUCGCGUUCCGCUGUUGGUUCUCCCGCAUCCACUGGCGUCGAACCAGAACCACAUAUUGCCAGACGAGAAAACGAGGAACCAGCCACGGGAAGAGGGACAAGGGCACAGAAGCGACGACAGGAGAGGCGUCUGGCUGUGCGGGCGUUUGUCGCGGUGGACAAAGGGCAAUGCCAAUCAAUAGCCGACGCUCUAGG